UGUAAACAGCUGGUGUCAUGGCUUUUGUGUACUAUAUAAACGCAUUAACUUUAGCAGAUAUCAAUUAAUUUCAGCACAAAACAAAACUAAAUAUAUUUUUAUUUGCGUUAAAAGUGGUGAAAAUCAUUCGGUAGCAGUAAAAUGGGUAAAGGUUUUAACAAUUACAUGUGCAAGAAGUUCUUUCACCCAGCUUCUAGAGACAAUCUAAAACGGGUAUGGAUGGCCGAACAGCAAGCGGAGGCUUACAAGAAGAAACAGGAGGAACUCCGUACACAGUAUGAGAAGGAGCAAAAUUUACAUGAAAACAAAGCUAUGCUAAGCAAGGACAGCAAAGAUAAGCUAAGCGUGAAUUUCAUGUACGAGCCGCCGCCUGGUGUGCGCAAAGAACGCGAAAAGGACGCCACUGAACCGGAGUACAAGUUUGAGUGGCAGCGCAAGUUUAAUGCGCCACGCGAAUCAUAUUGCAAAGGUGACACGGAAAUUCGCGAUCAGCCAUUUGGCAUACAAGUGCGCAAUGUACGUUGCAUAAAGUGUCACAAAUGGGGUCACAUCAAUACCGAUAAAGAGUGUAGUAUGUAUAGCAUUUCUAUGAGCGAAGCGCGUAAACUUCAUUCUGAAGCAGAAGCCAGUGAGAUGAUGGCCAAAAAUGUGCUGGAAGAGCAGAUGAAAGAAGAUGGUUUGGUAAUGAAAAAAUCCGCAUUGGAACUGCAGAAUAUCAAACAAGUUCAUCAACAACACAGAUUGGUGCCAAGUGAUGACGAGGAGAGUGAAAUGAAAACGGGUAUGGACAAAGGGAACACUGAAUUAGCGUUUCUAAAGUCGUUGAGCAAGGAACAGAAACUGGUGUUAUUAAAAAAGCUGGAAAAGAUUGAAAAAUUAAAGAAGAAAAGUGAAAAGCGAAAGUUAAAAAAAGAAAAGUCUCAUACAAGUAAAAAUGAAAAGAAAACAAAGAAAAAGCAUUCAAAGAAGUCGAGCAGCAGCAGUGGGAAUUAUACAGAUGAAAGUGGGAACGAAGUUAAAAAAGAAAAAGAAAAGAAGAAGCCAAAAAUGGAUAAGAAAAAAAGCAGGCAUAGUCAGUCAACUGAUGAUUCGCAGUCUUCCAGUAGUUCAUCCAGUUCUGAUUCGGAAACUGAUGAAGGCUCGAAAGACUUACGGAAAGGACGACGCAGUCAAUCACGCGAUGAACGAAGGAAAGACUUCAAAUCAUCUUUGGAAAAAGACAGAGAAAAGGCAUAUCUGUACAAUGAAGACAGGCAGUCUAGCCGUAACGUACAUAUACGUAGGGAGCAGAGUCGCUCCAGAGAGCCUAAAAAAAGUCACAGAGAACGACGUCAAUCCAGAGAUCACCGAUAUCGUAGUCGUUCUAAAGACAGAGAUAGUCAACGUUCAAAGAAUGACCGAUGGAACCGUAGCAGAUCGAGGGAUAGGAGACGUUAACACAGUUAAUAACCAGGAUAAUAAUAAUACGUAUGCAUUUCAAAAUGUGUAAUAUCAACUUUUGUGGACAUAAAUAUACAUAUGUGAAGAGUAAUAAUAAAACUUUCAAAAACCAGUAACUACUAAAUUUAAA